AUGAUCUGUGCUGUUGUGACCGCGCUGCUCCUUGCGUCAGCCACUCAAGUCACUGCUGAUGUCAAUCAUUGCCCCACUGGAUGGAUAUUUUCCACCAACACCUCCUAUUGUUACAUCCAAUCUCCUCAAUACAUGACUUAUUCGGAAGCAGGUUCCUUCUGCCAAUCCAUUGGAGGAUCUCAAAUAUUCGUUGUCUCAUCCACAGAACUCUCUUGGCUCACCGACUUCACCUCCUCUUGGUUAGCUCAACCAUGGUUAGCAACCACAAGGAACACGACAAAUGGUAAAUGGUACAACUCGGAUAACACAACUCCACUUUCCACUUAUUGGACUACUGGAGAGCCGGGUGUCAAUGGCGAUUGUGCGACUUUUAAAGGAACAACUAAAUCGGGAAUCAAAGCUACACAAUGCUACAGUAUGCAACCGGCAUUGUGCAAGCAGAUGCCAGCACUUUGUCCAACACAAACAAAAUAUGGAGGAUCUAGCACGAGGUCUGGAAUUAUUAAUUCUCCCGGGUAUCCAGUACAGUAUUAUAACAACUUGGACUGUUUCUACUCGAUUUCCUCUCCACCAAACACUUAUAUCACAUUGCUAUUCUAUCCGUAUGUAGUAUACGAUUAUUUUGACUACGUCAGUGUUUAUGACGGCCCUAAUACCACUUCUCGAUACCUCGGAACAAUACUUUGUUGCAGAAUCGACGAUGACGGUUGGGACCUUCGUAAUGACUUCGAGAGUUCUAAUAAUUCCAUCUCAUUCCGAUUCCGUACGAACAGCGUCAUUACAAACAAAGGAUGGCAACUAACAUGGAAUACCAAAUCAAACACCCCACCAAUCAGACAAACAGGUCAAAAUGGAUCAUUCACAUCUCCAAACUACCCAAAUAACUAUGACCCUUACACGGAGCAAUUGUAUUAUAUCACAGCUCCAGUCGGAUUCCAGGUCAAUGUGACAAUUACUGAUUUUAUCACAGAGUCCACUUUUGAUGUUCUGGAAGUGUACAAUUCGUCGUAUGUCAGCUCAUACACUCUUAUAGCAAAG